AAUAUCGCUAACGGCAAAACUAGCAGAGGAGAACAGGGCGGGCCAGCCGUUGGUCACAUGCGAAAACGGUACACCCUUAGUGCAGAUCUAUAAAACAUGCGCGCUGGCUUCACUGGUUGAUCUCAAACAUAGUGCAGCCGCCCCAGAGUGUUUUUAGAUCGGCGUUUCACUCAAAAACGCCUCGCUCAUAUGACUGCUUUUGACUCUAGGAGAGAAAAACAGCAACACGCAGCGUAUAUGUUAUUUUGCCGGCAGUGACAUGACACAAUCCUACGAGUUGUGACCUAUUUUUAUACAGUCUAUGGUUGUGACAUAGUCCUCCGAGCUGUAUGCUUUAUUUGCCUUAACAUUUACUACAACGGAUAAAACUGCUUUUACUACGUAUCUUUACAAGGUUCCAGUUCAGUAAGGACUAUUACCAGUACUGAGUGUCACCAUCAUCUUCAUCAUCCCCCUUCCAGGCUCUUCAGUGAAGCCUCUCUCAACAUCAGUAACUCUUAUCUCCCUGGACGCCAUGGCUCAGUGAUAUCAUUCUAAGACACCAAAACCUCCUGGGUGAGCCGACCGCCCGCCAUGCCGCGACCAAAAGGCUAUUCCAUCAACGCAGCCCCUUCAGACGAGAGCGGAGACAGUGAACCCCUCAUCGAGAAUGAUGCAGUUCCUCCCCAGUGCUGCUCGGCUCGCCUCAAUCUGGCCGUCCUGAUGUUCUUCGGCUUCUCUGUGGUCUACGGUCUCCGUGUCAACCUCAGCGUUGCCAUGGUAGCCAUGGUGAAUACCACCGACUCCACACCAGGACAGAACCACUCCACGGUCCACGCUUGUCCGCUGCCGCCUGGGACGGAAAACAGCAGUGACCCUUUCCCUCAGCCGGACUCGGUCCCCCAGUACCCGUGGAACUCGGAGACUCAGGGCUGGCUGCUGGGAGCGUUCUUCUUUGGCUACCUGUGCACUCAGAUCCCGGGGGGUUACCUGUCCGGUCACUACGGAGGGAGUAUCUUCCUGGGAUUGGGAGUGCUGGGCACGGCUGUCCUCACCCUGCUCACCCCUCUGGCUGCACAGAUGGGGUCGUACUGGCUGUUUGCACUGCGAGUGUUGGAGGGUCUUGGGGAGGGCGUGACGUUCCCGGCCAUGAUGGCGAUGUGGGCUCGGUGGGCUCCUCCGAUGGAGCGAUCUCGCCUGAUGACCCUGUCGGGAUCCGGGGCCAACUUUGGGGCCUUUCUGGCUCUUCCGCUCACCGGCUACAUCUGCCAAACCCUGGGCUGGCCCUCUGUCUUCUACCUCUGUGGGGGCGCCGGUUGCCUCUGGGGCAUCUUUUGGUUUCUUUUUGUGGCGGAUGACCCUCGCACCCAUCGGCGAAUCAGCAAAGAGGAGAGAGAUUACAUCAUCAACUCCAUCGGACCUCAGGGUACAGGUCAUGGCUGGUCCCUGCCCUUGCUGCCCAUGCUGCUGUCGGUCCCUCUGUGGGCGAUCAUCAUCACCCAGAUGUGUUCAAACUGGUCCUACUACACGCUGCUCACCUCCCUGCCCACCUACAUGGACAACGUCCUGCACUUUGACCUCAAAUCGAACGGUUUCCUGUCCUCUCUGCCCUACCUGGGUGCCUGGUUGUUCUCCACGUUGUCAGGCGUCGUAGCCGACAGCCUCAUCGAGAAGAAAGUGUUCAGCGUCACCAACGUGCGCAAGAUCUUCACACUCACAGGUUCGUUGCCUUCUGCUGGUUUCCUCAUCGCUGUGAGCUACGCCGGCUGUAGCCACAUCCUGGCCGUCACCUUCCUCACGCUCUCCACGACCAUCGGAGGGACCAGCGCCUCCGGAGUCUUCAUCAACCAGAUAGACAUCGCUCCUCGAUAUGCAGGAUUUCUUCUGGGAAUCACCAACACAUUCGGGACCAUUCCUGGAGUUGUGGCUCCAAUCGUUACAGGAUACUUUACUGAAGAUCACACCCUGGCGGGCUGGAGGAAGGUGUUCUGGGUCGCUGCUGGGAUCAACAUCACCGGUGCGCUCGUCUACACGAUAUUUGGCAGCGGAAAGAUCCAACCGUGGGCCGUCACAGAAGAAGAGAGAACAGAGGCAGAGAAGCAGAGGAGCAGGUCCAUCUCGACAUAAACUACAAAUACAUCCAACGGCUUUAAAAUACGGAUGAACAGCUGGAUAUAAUUUACCCCCGAGUUAAACACAGACAAAGAGAUUUUAAAAGUCUGCUUUUGUAAACUGAUGUAUAAAUUAUAAGGAUAUAUGUAGUUACUUAAACACUUAAACAUGAAGAGAGUGAGAGUCUCCACACAAAAGAGAACAACAUUCAUAUCAGUGGACCAGGAUAGUUUAAACAAGUGAAUUUCUGCAGCGUCUGCAGAGUUUUUAUCAAUAAUUUUUAUAUUUUUUCUCUGGUUUUUGAACGUUUUAUACCCUAAUUUUCACAGUAUUUCCAGCAAAAAACACUUUUCUACAUCAAAAUCACAUUUCAGGUUCAUUUUUAGGGUUUUUGACAUGUAAAACUGGACAGAUUUACUAUUUUACACUGUAAGAAAUGUUACAACAGCAUGAUUCAACAUCUGCUGGACACUCACUGCCUUUAUCAAGUAGGAAAUUGUGAUUGCUUUUAUCUUUUUGUUUUGUUUACUGUUGUUACAGAAGUACAGUUUAAGAUACAACUCUUUGCAUAAAUAAUUAAUGGACUAUACAAUAUCUCAGGUUAGUUCACAUCAAUAUAUGUGAUCUUUUUCAUACGUUUUAGAGCCUUUUUCAAACUGUGAACGAGAUGGGACCGAAUAUUUUAUGAGCUAACUUGUACACUUUACAGAAAAGCAUUUCAAAGCGUUAUUAACCACAAGCCUUUUAGCUGAUUUGUUUACAGCUGUAGCUGUUUUCUGACCACUUCGACAGACCAAAACAAGCACUUUCUACAUACAAAAAAUACACCAAAAGCCUUACAUUGGAUAAGAGUGCCAACAAUUUGUGCAACAUAAGUUUUUUUUAGUGAAUGCUUUUAUCUAAUUAUCCGUUAGAAAGCUCAUAUAAGGUGUUUUCACUAUAUCUAGAAAACCAAAGCACCUUCAGCUGCCAGGAUUUUAACAGUUUUUUAGUGCCAUGAACUACAACUUAGAGGACUUUUAGUUUUUAGUUUCUAAGAAAUUUGUGGAUUUGCACUGUUUUCAAUUGUUUUUACAAGUUCACCCAUCAAGAUGCUGCCUGACGACAACGGUCGUUUUUAUGGGAUGCGGGACGUUUUAAAAAAUCCCGUCUUUAUUUGUCAACUCAUACGUACAUCUCAAAGUGCAAUGUGAUUGUAAAGAUAUGAUGUUCUGAAAUAGAUGCAAUAAUUUAUUUACCUUCUCUGUGCUUUUGAAAAUGGGUGAUGUUGUGCAAAUAUGUUAAAUAUGUUUUAUGUUAUGUUAUAUAUGUAAAAAAGAAUGUUUGUUUUACUGAGCAAAACUGAAAUCAAUGAUUUGUAAGUGGACUCACAUUUCUACAGGUUUAGUCAAUAUAUAUGUCUGUUUGUGUAUAUAUAUACUUCCUGACUGUGUUGUCAUAUAAUGAUGAUGUAAUCUUACAGUCAGCGAUAAUCAUGUACAUGGAUGAUACUCUGAACAACUAAGAGAGACAGGCAAAAAACUUUUCUGAACAACACUCUAAUACAAAAACAAUCAUGUUGAGGAAAAGUCUGUGUUUCUGCUUCCUUCAGUUGUCUGUGUAUGAUGUCUUUAUCCCAGCGUUGCCGACUCCUGUGUCAUAUCAUGACUAAAAAUGCACAGAAGUAAUCAGGAGAUCAGUGAAGCUGAGACACAAAAGAGCUACAUUUAUAUUUGUUGACUGUCUGCAGAGGUUGUAAAUAUUUCUGGGUAAACACACACAUUUGUUUCUCUGUUUUUCUUGACUCUUCUGGUUGUUGGGAUGUUCUCACAAGCUACUUGUGGUGUUUAGCACCACUGCAACUGAAUUUUCACAAUGAGCAAUAAAUGCCUCACAAAUAGACAAA